AUGGCGAAAAAGUUUGCUGCUGCAUCCUCUCUAAUCGCUGCUUCCAUGCAAGAACUUUUGAAUAGGACGUACGGAAAUUGUGAUAAAUUGUUGCGAGUGCAUGUGGGUCAUCCACAAACAAAGCUUCCGCUAUUACUCAAUCAAGUUCAACAAUUUAAUUCUCAAAUGAAAGAAUUUAAUAGUCGAUUUCAACACGAAAAGCAAACAAUGCCUCUAGAGAAACAAUUAUAUCCGAAAUUGGGAUUUUUAAAGUUAUCAAUAUUUGGAUAUCAAUUGGGAUUUUAUACGACAGAAACAAUGAAAUUAGCAUGUUUAAAUCCUCCGAAAAAAGAGAGAACAACUUUUACAGCCGGCAUACCAAUUCAUCAAGCCUUAUUAUUACAAAAUCAACUUGUAAACUUGUUUUUUACGACACAAAAUUUCUACAAACAUGAGCUAUUAGGUCAACAUUCAGAAGAGUAUGAAGAAAUUUUGCAAUUUUAUAAGAAUAGUACAGGACAAAUUGAUCCGCUGUUUGAAAAUACAUUACUGUCCAGUUUUUGUGUGGGAGUGAAUGCAUUCGAUUUAUUAUUUCGAUAUUCAGAAACUUUAUAUGCUGAAGGAAUAUAUACAGAAGCUGAGAAAAGUAUUCGAAGAUGCAUCGAAGAGUCUUCAAAUGCAUCAGAAAAAUGUUACAAAACUCCGCAACAAGUUUGGAGGUUCAAAGUCAUGGAAAGUAUGUGCAUGUACAGGUUAGGUCAGCUGCACGCCAGAAAAAUUGGAGAAUUAGACAAGUUAUCUAAGGAAGUCUUACAGGAAAAUCCUGCUCUCAAUUAUUGGUUUGAAACUGCAAAAAAGUGCAUGCCACAAGAAACGUAUGAUGAAAUUUCAAAACCAGAUCCCACUGCAAUACCAGGCUAUCAUCAAUUAUUGUACAUGCAAUUGGAAAAGGGUCUAGAUAAACUUGUCUCAUAG